AUGGCUUUUGAAAACGGCAGCAACAGCGUCAUUCAAGCUCGACCUGACUAUCGAGCAGAUGUGUAUAACUCGUCUUGCUCGAUAGAGUCAACAAAUCUUUACGGGGAGUUGAAGCCAAAAGGCACGAAGUUUAGUGAUCUCUUGCAAGAUUUCUACAAGGUUACACUCUUUGGCAAGAUCGAUCUCAAGUCCUCAAACACAGGGGUAGUGAUGACUUUCCGCUCGGUGGACAAUUUUGUCCAACACUACUUGCACUUCCGUGCCAUUAACUUCGGGUUUGUGUGUCUGUCUCUUGGGGAGGUUGAGGUGCCUAUAACAAAAGGUACUUGUAUGUCAAUUCUUGCUUCUCUUCCUUUUCUGUGCGAGCUGGCAUAUAUUUAUGACCAUGCUUGUUUAAAUCAUACUGAAGCCUUGGUGCCAUACUAA